ACAACCACACACAUACAUACAUACACUCACGUUCACCAUGCCCUCCAUGGGCCGCACCCUCUCACCGCCCGCCAAGGGCGCCAGCUCGCCCCCAACCGCCGGUACCUCGCACAGACGGAAGACGGGACGCCCGCGGGUGGCCGGUGGCCUACAUACUGUCACUGCCCUCGCUCCUCUUGUUGGGCUCGUCGUCAUCACCCUCCUCCUCCUCCUCGUUCCGGACAACACACACGCUGCGGUGGCUCGGCCUCAUGGCCCUGCUCGGCCUGUGGCUGCUGACGAUGGUCGAGGGCUCCUCCUGGCUGAAGAUACCGCUCCUACCUCGUCGAUGCCGUUCUGCAGGAACUCUUCAUUCUUGAUCUCGCCGGGACUGGUAGAGACAGACAUGCGGACGCUGGCUCUGGAUCCUGGGCUGGGCAAGGCGUAUGUUCCGUUCAUCUCGCCGGUGGUAGCCAUUAUCGAUACCGCCAACCACGCCAGGACUGGCUCCGUCGACACCUCGCCACAUCAGGACUUUCUCUCGGCGGUCCUGCUCGAGUCGCUGCACCGCCUCUACCUCACCUCAGGCACAAGCGGUGAGCUGGUUGUCAUCCAGGUCGACGAUCCGGUCCCGAGCGUCGUCGCCUCGACCUCACUCCGCACCGCGCUUACCCCGGUCCCGGCCAAGGCCUUUUUCUUCGCCGCUGUCCUCGACCCGGCCACUGCAACCGCGUACUACGGCGAGGUGACCGGCUACGUCGCCUCUGUCCACCUGCCGACCCUUACUGUCACGCGCACAGCUCUCUUGCCCGGUCAGCCCAAGCUCCGGUCCGCCGCGCUCGACGCCUCGGCCUCGUACCUCUUCAUCGGCUCGCUCAACGCAGGCUCUGGUGCCGUGGUCGCCAUCCUCCACACGGCCAACCUCACCCUCGCUGCGCCGACGCUCAACUUUCCGUCGCACUCGUUUGUGGCACUCGCCGCAAACGCCGUCGACAACGUUGUCUACGCCGCCUCGUCCUACGCCUCGUCGUCGGUCGUCAUCAUCGACGCCGCCCCGCCGUUUGCUACCUCCAUCCUCGCGCUCCCCGCUGACGACGCCCCGCUCCUUUCGGCCGUCUACAUUCCAUCCGCGCAGACGCUUCUCCUCGGAACCGACAUCGCCUUUGGGCCCGGUACCUCGCGCGUCAUUGCCCUCGCUGCAGGCCCCGGUGUCGCCCUCACCCGCACCGGCGCGGCCACCAUGGACACCGACGAGGUCUCGCUCGUCGCCGCCGUCCAUGACGCCGCCGCAGACGCUGUUUAUCUUCCGUGCCGCGGCAGCUCGCGCAUGCUCGUCCUCUCACUCACGCCGCCCAACUGCUCCGCCAUCGCUGAGUGUGGCUCUUGCAACUCUGCCUGCGGCUGCGGCUGGUGCGCCUCGUCCGAGUCUUGUCACACCGGCGACCCCAACGGCCCGCUCGACGGCGCCACUUGCCCGGCCGCUGCCUGGGACUACUACGACUGUGCCAACUGUGUCGCCACCUCCUCCUCGUGCUCCCACUGUGCCACUAAUCCGCUCUGCGGCUGGUGUGCCGCGACGCAGCAGUGCGUCCGUGGCUCGGCCUCGGGCCCAGUCGUUGCUUCCUACUGUCCGGCCCCGAUCGACUGGGACUACGGCUCGUGCCCGGCCUGUCACACCCUCGGUCCGUCGUGCUCCGCCUGCGUUGCCGACCCCAAGUGCGGCUGGUGCCCGGCCACCGCGACUUGCGAGCGCGGCGCGGCGCCCGACUCGUACACCUCGACCUGUCCGUCGUGGUCUUUUGCCGCUUGCCGCGGUCCGAGCUGCGCCGCCGCCGCCUCUUGCGGCGCCUGUGCGUCUGCGGACCCGCAUUGCGGCUGGUGCGCGUCGUCGACCUCGUGCAUCGAGGGCAACGCCACGACGCCGUAUCCGAUCGCCGCAUCGCCGUCGUCCUGUCCCGGAGACCCGUCGGCGUGGACCGGCGCCGUCUGCUCGGCCUGCUCGCUCCACACCAACUGCUCGGCUUGCGGUGCCGAUGAGCUCUGUGGCUGGUGUGCGUCGAGCCAGAGCUGUGUGCCUGGCGCGGCCUCGGGCCCUCAUGCCGCCCCGACCUGCGACGCCGCCGACUGGUCGUACGACACGUCGGCCUGUGUGGACUGCGCCGCCGCCGCGUCAUGCUCUGCAUGCACGGCCCUCACCGGCUGUGGCUGGUGUGCGCAGACGGCGACCUGCGAGCGCGGCUCCGACACCACCUCAUACACCUCGACCUGCACUGCAGCCUCAGGCUGGGCCCGCGACAGCUGUCCGGUCUGCGCCACGGCCUCGGGCUCGUCGUGCGCCUCGUGCACCUCCCUCGCCGGUUGUGGCUGGUGCGCGUCGACCGCGACGUGUCUCGCCGGCGACGCCGCGGGCGCGUGGCCUGGCCAAGCCACCUGCCCCGUCACGCACUGGGACUUUGCCGGUGCUGGCGGCGCUGGCUGUCGUGAAUGUGCCUCGCGCUCUGGCUGCGCCACCUGCCAAGCCGACCGCCGCUGCGGCUUUUGCUACGCAGACGGCCUCUGCAAGCCGUCAGACUCGGCGACUGGCAGCCUCAUUGGGUCCCAGUCGUGCGGGACGAGCGAGGCCGUCUUCUUUGAGACGGAUGCCACAUGUCCGGACCUCUGCACCGGGCCUCAGACCUGCGCCGCCUGCGCCGCCUCGGACCCCCGCUGCGGCUGGUGUGCAUCGUCGUCGACUUGCAUGCCGUCGUACCUGAGCAACUCGACGUGCAAAGUGUGGGACGGAGCCUGCGACCGUUGCACUCGCCACGGUGCCGACUGCGCCGCCUGUAUCGCCGACGACGGCUGUGGUCUCUGCGACUACGAUUCAGCCGCCUCAACCUGCGUCCCAGGCUCGCCCACCGGGCCCUACGACAUUGCCUCGUGCCCAGUCGGCUCGCUCGACGGCCUUCCGGUCUGGCUCCACGGCACUUGCUCCGGCGACGGUCUCCGCGACCUGUGCGACAUCUCGUCCGCCGCAGCCGCCGCAGGCACCCAGCCCUCGUGCGCCAUGUGCCUCGCCCAAGCCGGAUGCGGGUGGUGCCCGUCGAGCCGGACUUGCCACACCCCGGCGCUCUCGACGUGCUCCCGCGACGUUGUCACCUCGGCAUGCCCGGGCUACUCUUACUACUACGUCCUCGCCCUCGCCCUCGUCCUUCUCCUCCUUCUUAUUGCCGGCUGCGUCUUUGCCUGGCUCUACGUUCGCGACGUGCGGCCACUAGAGGAGCAGCUCUACGAUCCGGCCAAAGCCUACGACGCCGCCAACGUCGCCGCCGGCUUGCCCGGCGGCGUCGACGCUGCCCGCACCCACGGCAUCGCCCCGCCUGCGCCGGCCAAGGCCGGCAAGUCCACCGCUGCCGCUGCCGCUGCAAACGACUCGCAAGACGAUGACGAGUUUGAGCUCGUCGGCAUCGAUCGCUCCGAUGGCGACCCAGACUCGAGCGCCGACGCCGAGCGCGACGAGCGCGGUCUGAGUGUCUCAGCCAAGCGGAGAAAGCAGACGCAAGGCAAGGUUGCCGCUGCCGUCGCUGAUGCCAGCGAACACCGCGACGACUCGGCGUCCGGAGCCGACCUCACCCUGGCGUCGGGCCCUCCGCCGUAUGCGCGCGACGUCCACCUCCGCCCGCUCCCGUACGCGGCGUUUGACAGUACGGCGGUGCCGGCACCGUCGGAGCCCAAGGCUGUGUUGCUGGACGACUUGGCUAACGUGCUUCGUCACGAGGAGCAUGUGCUUGCCAGCGCGCUCGCGCGGGUAGUCUCGGUCUCGGAAGACGGCGAGGAGGCGGCAAACGCGCUGCUGACGGUGCUGGCGGCCGAGGGUGAUGCCAUUGCCUUUGUCGACGCUGUCGUGGCCGACGAGGUAGCGGUGACCGAGGCGCGGCAGUCGAACACCCUGCUGCGAGCCAACACUAUGGCGUCCAAGGUGCUCAAGGCCUUUUGCGGCAUCGAGGCACUCGAGUACGUCUUUGCCGUCCUCCGGCCGUACCUCCUCCAUGCGCUGUCGCAAAAGGCGCCGCACCCGCUAGCGCCGCGGACGGCGUCGGACGACGCCACGGCGCUGCUCGACGCCGUCGACGCCGUCUUUGCAUCGGUGCUGGAGAGCGAGGCCGGGUUCCCAGCGCCGCUCCGCGCUGUCCUCACCCUCCUCUACGAUCACGUUUCGCACUCGCAGUUUGCCCACCUCUCGACCCGAGCCGUCUCGUCAGUCCUCUUUCUCCGACUGCUCUCGCCAGCGCUCUGCUCGCCGCUUGCGUACGGCCUCAUUGACAUCGAGGCCGACGGCCUACCGCCGCUCUCAGGCGAUGCGCAGCGAAACCUUGUCGACGUGUCCAAGGUCCUGCAGGCCGUCGCCAACCAGGCUCUGUUCGGCACCCGCAAUGCGCACCUUGCUGGCACCAACCCUUGGGUCAAGGCCGCCAUCCGCGAGCUGGAGGCCUUUGUGGCCCGGCUCUGCCUCGACGAACCGCACGCGGACGACCGGGCUUUGCUCGAGCUCGACCCAGCGUACGGCACGCCGGUGGUGGAGAAGGCACCCAGCGCCGAGGAGGUCGAGGGGGCCUUGAGCGCGCUCGUCCGGCUGUGCGGCAAGUACGAGACCGAGCUGCGGUCGCUGCUCUCCGAAGCUGCGCUCCGGCCGGGCACCUCCCGCCGCUGCAAGUCGCUGGGCACAUCGGCCCGCGGCGAGCGGCCGUUCGACCACGUCCAGCGCAAUAUUGUGGAGAUCUUCACUCACGGCGCCGAGCCUCACGCUGUCGCCGGCAUCAUGGCCAAGGACACGUACGCGGUCACCUCGGCACUGGUUGAGGUGGUCAAGCCCGACGAGGGCGACGACGUCGCCGGCGCCCUCGUCCUCCUCGCUCUCGGCCACGACGGCCGCGACGGUGGCAUGCGCCUGGUCAAGGUCCUCGCCGCCCGCGAGCUGCGGACCGCCACCGAGCCCAACGCCGUCCUUCGCGGCUUCCAUGUUGCCGCCAAGGUCGCCGGCCUUUACGCCGGAAUUGUCGGCCGUGCGUGGCGCGACGCCGUCGUCGGCCCCUCGCUCGCCGUCCUCGACACCCUCGCCUCGGUCGAGGAUCUCGUCGACGCGGUCGGCGACCUGCUCGAGCGCGCCUUUAACGGCAUCGAUGCCCUCCCGCUCGAGCUCCGCUCCAUCGCCGACCACCUCAAUGCCGUCGUCGGCGCCCGGUUCCCGAAGCGUGCGACUCCGAACGCCCGCACCGUCGCCAAGCGCAUGGCCUCGGUCAUCGUGCACAUGGUCAACGACAUGCGAUUUGGCGUCGGCACGCCUGACGACGUUGUCCUCAACGAGUUUGUCGCCCGCAACGUCGCCGUCAUGCAGGGCUUCCUCAUGGAAGCCUCCCGCAUCUCCGAGGCCCAGGCUCUCGCUGCCGCAGAGCUCGCUGCCGACGCCGCCGGCGAGGCCUGGUUCGACGACGCCCAGAUCAGCUCCGCAGCCGCGUACAUCGCGUCACGCCUCCACUACUACGUCGACAACGCGGACUUUUGCUACGUCUUCCACUUUUACCACUUUUACGACGCUGACGACGUCGACUACGCACCUGACGCCUCCCCAGCCCGCGCCUCGGCCGCCGCCCUCGCGCCCGCCACCGACGAUGUCGAGACAGGCUCUGAAUGGGCAGUCAUGGCAGAGCUCUCGCGCAUCUUGCGCGAGUGGCGCCUGCAGGCGUAGACGCCAAACACGC